UGGGUCAUGUGACUGCAAGGCAUACAUAGGAUCCCAGUACUGACAGUUGGGCUCCGAGGGGACUGUUGGAGCAAUGCUGUGGUGGCCAUUGAGCUGCGCUGCUGAGGGACCUUAAUCAGAACAGAUCCCCCUGUCUUUGUCCUUGGGAGGCGAUCAGUAGGUGAAGUGCGGCCGAUGGGGUCACUUCAAGUCAUGGCUGUCUGUUGCUGUCCGGAGGCCCAUUUCAACAGGCUACUAUUCCACCCAGAGUAAUCCUACACAGUGCGCCUUAGAUGGCUGUCUCACCUGGUACCUGUGAGGGUGGAAUACACAACCCGCGGAAGUUAUAACUCAAACUACCUACACCGAUCCUGAUUAUGCUUACUGUGCACUCCAUAGUAAAAUUAUUUCCUGGUGAACAAACAUGACCUUCUAUGAUGGUGUAUUCCCCUUCUACCCUCAUGAAAGACAGACCUGGGUCUUUUGUGUGGAUUACAUUAUCGUGAUCAUCGUCUUUUUGGUCUUUGCCCUUGCUUUUAUUCUGAUUAUUCCUGGAAUAAGAGGCAGAGUGAGAAUAUCCUGGGCAUGCAGAGUUAUAAUAAGCCUGUUUAUAGGAGCUGUAACCGUUGCUGUGAACUUCACUACUGACUGGGAGGUUGGAUCAGUUGAUACUACCACUACAUACAAAUCGUUCAGUGAUGUCACGGUGAAUGCUAGCAUUGGAGUACAAGUUGGGUUUAAUGGUGUCAAUAUAACUUUAAAAGGAAAUCCCAUUCAUCAGAUUAAUGAAACAAUUGACUACAAUGAGCAGUUUCUCUGGAGUUUUGGAUCAAAUUUCAAUGAGUAUUACAAUGAUGGUCUAAAAAAAGGACUCCCUAACCCUAUUCUGUACGUGGCAGAAAAGUUCACGCAGUAUGACCCAUGUGGCUUAUUUGCCCAAUACAGAAUAUCUGGUCAUUACGCAUCAGCCUGUAUGUGGGUGGCAUUUUGCUCUUGGAUAAUCAGCAAUAUCCUAUUCUCUAUGCCUGUUUUCAUAUAUGGAGCAUAUAUGAUUCUAGUAACUGCAGCUUUCAUCAUUCUCUCACUAAUUUCAUAUUCAACUGUGAGAAAUGCAACAUUUUGUAAUAUACAGCUUGGAUCAGAGUCUCUGAAAACACAAUAUGGAGCAUCUUUCUGGCUGAGUCUGGCAACAGGUCUGAUUUGCUUUAUCAUUGGGAUAACAUUACUUCUUUUACACUGGUGUGUUCCUGAAAAACUGAAGCUCAUUUUCAACACCAUUGAAGAAGAUGAAGAAGAUGAAGAAGAUUCAGCAACAGAACAAUAUAUUAAUCAACAUUGCUACACAAAUGGUGCAUUUCAAAAUGUAUAAGUGCAAAUCAAAUUCGUGGACAUGUUAAUAAGCUUUAUUAGAGAAUGGACUCUUCACAAAGUCAUGUUGGAUGUGUGGACAAUAUAAUAUUUUCAAAAUGCCUAUAUUAGGUAUGAGGCAUGAACGAUAACAACUGCAACAUAUAGAAGAACAACAGGUGUUAAUCAGUCAGCUUCAAUCAAUUGUAAUCAAAAAGUAUUUUGGUUUUUGUUUAUAAAGUAAAAAAAAGAGUUUCGGGUCUGAGCAGGCAUGAAGAUAAAGUCAGACAUUGAAUCCCAUCUGGCUAUGAAAGAUGAUUAAUAUUAGAGAAAUGUAUGAAAUAAUGAAAUACCUUGGCCUACUCAACAAAAUGGAGCCAUAUAUGUACUGUAUUUAUGAGACUCGUGUAUGUCAUAAUUAAAUAUUAUAAUUCCCA